UCUUUGGUAUAUAAGAACGCUAUCUUGCAAUCGUAAAGAGCACCACACACCAGCUUUCGCAUCACUGCCACCGACCAUCACACAUUCGACAGGUUCAGCCUCCAGAACAUGACGGGACCCACUUUCACAUCUGUAGCCUUCAUGGCCGUCCUUCAUAUGCUUCCUACCGUGGCACAAAACAUGUCGUAUGGAGCCGACAACUUCUAUCGCAGCGACAACGUCACGAUGUGGCCCAUCACCUUCCCGAGCCAAUACCAGAUGACUGUCGCUGGCAACCUCUUUCUACCAGAUAAUCUCGAUCGCGCCAUGAAUGCGUCUGCUAUCGUUGUUGGCCAUCCAAUGGGAGCUGUGAAGGAACAGAGCGCCAACCUGUACGCUACGAAGAUGGCAGAGCAGGGCUUCGUCACGAUCUCAGUCGACGUCUCGUAUUGGGGCGGCAGUGACGGCGAGCCACGUAAUGCCGUUCACCCAGAUGUCUACGCUGAGAGCUUUAGUGCUGCAGUCGACUACCUGGGCCUCCAGGACUACAUCGACCGCGAGCGAAUUGGCGCCAUUGGUAUCUGCGGCAGCGGCUCCUUCGUCCUGAGUGCAGCGAAGAUCGACCCGCGCAUCAAAGCCGUCGCUACAGCAAGCAUGUACGACAUGGGUGCCGUAUCUCGCAACGGAUUGCAGCGAUCUCAAAGCCUCGAGCAACGCAAGCAGGUCAUCGCGACCGCAGCGGCGCAGCGCUGGGUUGAGGCCAGUGGUGGAGAGACGGAAUACACCGGCGGAACUCCUCAGGUACUCACCAACGAGACUGAUCCAGUGGGACGCGAAUUCUACGACUUCUAUCGCACGUCUCGCGGAGAGUUUACACCUGCGGGCUCAGCACCAAACCUCACCACGCAUCCAACGCUUUCGAGCCAGACCAAGUUCAUGAACUUCUACCCUUUCAGCGACCUUGAUAGUAUCUCUCCUCGUCCGGUGAUGUUCAUCUCCGGCGAUAUGGCACAUUCCCGCGAGUUUAGCCAGGACGCAUACGACGCUGCUGCGGAACCGAAGGAGUUGGUUUGGAUUGCGGGCGCCGGCCAUGUGGACCUGUAUGAUCGCGUUGACCUGAUUCCAUUCAACAGACUCACCGCGUUCUUUCAGCAGAACCUGAGUGAGUAAAGGUGAGAUAGGCUAUCGGCGGCUUCGACAUAACAAUCCAAGAUGUAAUUUAAAGUACUUGUGUGAGGUAGACAAGUAACGCAGUAAAU